CUCAUUGGGGGACGUCUCAAAGCCGUUCGUGACCACAGCCACCAUGACCUCGGAGAGAUAUCUGAACGAUUGUGUAAAGAAGAUCUUGAUCCCCUUUAUCAAUAAUCGUCAUGUACUUUUCUGACCGGACACAGCAACAUGUCAUUCUUCAAAAGUUGUUCAGGAUUACCUGUGGUCGAAAAAAAUCGAUUUUGUUGCAAAAAAGGAAUAUGCUACCUACGUCCCUCAGGCCAGACCAAUUGAAAGAUUUUGGGCAUUAUGCAAGAGAGAAUAUAGUCGUCGAACAAAACCACCCAAAAAGUUGGUAAGAUUCCGUCACAUUUGGACACACACCUCAAAAGUGGUAGCGAGAAAGAGUGGCAAAGCACUUCUUGGGACCGCGAGGCAAAUAAUUCGCCAGAUAGGAAGGAUGGGGGUCUAUGAACCAUAUGAAGCAAAAAAUUGAACGAUAAGGACCUUGUUCUUAACCCCUAAAAGUGUCGUUGGAAUUAAUUAAGUUUUCCGGAUUUUACAGGCAUUUUUCAAAUGUUUCUUUACUUUCCGACCGAACCCUAAUUAAAAGUAUAACAUGCAUAAAAUACCAUUUACUUUUAUAGAAACAGAAUUAUUAUUUAAAAUCCAAGUGGAACUGAAACUGGUUCAACUCGUGCAUUUAGAAUAUUGUGUAGUGAUCUGCUAUGAAACAGGUAUUACGGCAAAAAAACUAUUGAGGACGCAUUAUCUCCAAACUAGUUAAACAGGUCCAAUUAUAUUAUUUUAAACUGAGUUUUUAAAUAUUUCUCAUAUACGUACGACUUUACACGUUGCUGCGAAGUAGAUUCAAAAAUGUUAUCGAUCCUCAAGAUUUCGGCAAUUUCAUUUCUUGUCGGCUUUUACGUAAUCGAGGGAAUCCUGGGUGACACUCACAAUGUUACCAAUUUUCCAAGUUCAUCUACUGAGAAAUCUACCAGCACAAUUUCUUCCAAUCCCACCAAUUUUACAAACCCGAACAAAAUUCUUGGUGGUGACCGUGCACAAGUUGGUCAAUUUCCGCACCAGGUUGCCAUGCUGAAGGGCAGCUUUCAGUUUUGUGGUGGCUCACUCAUUUCGACACGCCAUGUGCUAACUGCAGCGCACUGUACGACAGGUCAGUACGCAGGAGACAUCACUGUACGAGUUGGGUCUAUUAAUUCCCAAUAUGAGGGGGUUGUUAUACAAGUGGCGUAUAUUAUUAUACACCCCCAAUUCAAUCGUGCAAUUACUGAUUACGACCUUUCAAUCCUGGUGUUGCAAGAACCUGUCUUACUCAGCGGUGACAUCACCCCAGUCAGGCUCCCAUCAAUCUUCAAUUCCCGAUUGACCGUGGGAACAGUUUGCCAAGUGUCAGGAUGGGGUGCAACGGAGGACGGAGGACCUACGACCCCACAUCUCAUGUACAUCGAUCUUGCCAUUGUGAGCUGGGAGUACUGCAAAGAAAAGCAUGAAACCCUUACAGAAAACAUGAUAUGCGCUGGAGGAGAGUACAACAUGGAUGCGUGUCAGGGAGAUUCGGGGUCACCCCUCGUACUUAAAUCUGAUUCAUUUAGUAAAGUACAGGUCGGGAUUGUUAGUUGGGGAAAUGGGUGUGGACAAUAUGGUGUGCCUGGUAUUUACACGGACGUUGGGAGGUUUUCUGGUUGGAUUACACAGCAAAUGUUAUCAUCUUAAAAAGAGCUAUGUACAUAUUUACAUAUUUAUUAUGUGAUAUUGAGAGGAACAAACAUAUCGCUGAUCGAUCUGCGUCAGGGUUCGAAAAAACCCAGGGUUUUAAUCAAAAAUUAUAAAACCCAUGGGUUUUAAUGGGUUUUACCAUGUUAAUUGGGUUUUAUUUGGGUUUUAAUGGGUUUUAUUGGGU